AUGGCUGUGGUGACGGAAGAAGUUUGCUAUUCAGGUAGAGUGCCUGAUAGCUUAGCCACUGCUUUUGCGCAAAGCGGGCGACAUGCGCAAAGUGGGCAACUCGAGAGCGAUGGUCCUCCCAGCAAGCGUCGCAAACUGACAUCAGCACCCCAGAGUCUUCGAGACGUGAACGGCGCAUCAGAAAAUGGAGUUCCCAAUGGAUAUAUUGCGUUGGCGCGCUUUGACCUAAACCUGAAAUUCGCUCACGCAAAUCCUCUUUUGGAGGGACACAUUGAUGAUCCUUUGCCGCUAUUACCCCGGCUUCCUGUUGUCCUUCAGACUGCUGGAAACUCCCGACAUUUGGCCAGUUGGACUUACGAGUCGACCUCGUAUGACUGUUUCGAGCUAGAGAUAGCUACGUUGCCGGAGCAAGAGACCGUGUACAAAGAAUCGUCGACUAGUCCUCAAUUACUAGAGUUUGGGAAACACCUCGAGUCCGCUCAUCGCCUUGUUUGCGCCGAUCGAUAUCAUAAGAAGGCCCCGAUCGCAUGUUAUCAAUGUACUACCCAUUGUUCAACAGAUAGAAAGUCAUUUCGGCUUGAGACAAUUAUUUUAUGGAGAGAUUCUCUGGAUAUUAUCGAUGAAAAGCUGUUAAAUGCUGGGGCACUUCAAACUUUUGCGAAAUAUGUGCUACAGCGUGAUCCCGAUGUGUACAACAAGGCGCGCAAUAUUGGUUUCGCGCCAGCAGCCAUUUGGUCGCCUCGAGAUUUCUACGAUAAUGUCCAUGUUCCCCAAGACUCACCCGAGUCAUCUGCAGAAAUCAAGUCCGACUUGAUACAUUGUCGACUUUAUCCAUUCCAAAGGAGAGCAGUACGAUGGUUACUCGAAAGGGAAGGUGUGAAGCUUCAGGAAAAUGGACACGUGUUUCCUCUGGAGAACAAAACGGCGAGUGAACUGCCAACUUCGUUCGAGAAGCGUACAGACGCUGAGGGGAAAACGUACUAUAUUAGCCCUUUGUUCAUGACUGUCACAUCCGAUCUUUACAACUGGUACGCGCCAGCGGACUAUCUCAAGGGCGGUAUCCUUGCUGAAGAGAUGGGACUGGGCAAGACUGUGGAAAUGAUUAGUCUGAUGUGCCUCCAUCGUCGUUCCUUGCAACCUGAUAUGGACUUGUACAUCGGUGGAAUGAGACAAUCCGGUGCAACAUUGAUCAUCACACCUCCUGCUAUUCUCCAGCAAUGGAUGCAGGAAAUUCAGCUGCAUGCACCGGCUCUCCACGUUCUUCACUAUACGGGUAUAAAUCGCCAUCAGAAGCUUUCAGACCGCGAACUUGUUGAACUACUUGCCGACCAAGAUGUCGUUCUCACCACGUAUGAUGUCCUUGCACGGGAGAUCCAUUAUUCCGGUGAUGCUCCAAAACGUAAUUUGCGACAUGAGAAAAGAUUUCAGCCACGAAAAUCACCUCUUGUGAAAAUAUCAUGGUGGCGAGUCUGUCUUGACGAAGCUCAAAUGAUCGAGAGUGGCGUGAGCAAUGCAGCAAAGGUCGCACGUCUGAUACCUCGCCAGAAUGCGUGGGCUGUGACCGGUACACCUCUUCGGAAAGAUAUCUCUGACCUUCUUGGCCUUUUGCUUUUUCUUCAUUAUGAACCGUUCUGUGGGUUCGUAUGGAAUAGGCUCUGUCGAUCGUUUCAGUCUGUGCUAUCCGGCAUUAUCAGACGAGUCGCUCUUCGGCACAGCAAAGACCAUGUUCGCAGUGAACUUGAUCUGCCGUCCCAAAAGAGAUUUGUGAUCACUAUUCCUUUCACCGCGGUCGAAGAACAGCAUUAUGGACAGUUAUUCGAGCAAAUGGCCGAAGAUUGUGGCCUAGAUCUGUCCGGUGCGCCACUCAAAGACGAUUGGAAUCCCGAGGACCAAGCCGUUGUAGAGAAGAUGCGCAGUUGGCUAAUGCGACUCCGUCAAGCAUGUCUCUAUCCGGCUGGAAGUAGUCGGCGUGUCUUAGGUUUCGGUGGCGGUCCGCUACGUUCCGUUGCCGAGGUCCUUGAGAUAAUGAUCGAUCAGAAUGAUGCUCUUGUCCAUGCAGAAGAGCGCACUCUCGUUCUGUCUCAGCUCCGACGGGGGCAGCUACUGGAAAAUGCCUUGCGUCGUCAACAAGCGCUUGAUCUUUGGACAAAAUCAUAUGAGCGGUCCAGUGCACUGGUCAAGGAAUGUCGCUCCCGGCUACAGUUAGAGCGUGAUAAGAGUCGAGUCACCACCAACGGCGUGAGCCAAGGCGGAGCGCCAGACGAUCCAGUGAGCGAUAACGAAGUUGAUGAGGCGGACAAGAAUACUCGCGUUAGUGCGUACCGUCAAAGGCUGCGUGCUGCCCUUGAGGUUCAGCACAUUUCGAUAUUCUUUAUCGGAAAUGCGUUUUAUCAGAUCAGGACAGAUCCGAAGCUCACUGAACCGGACUCGGAGGAAUUCAAGCGCCUCGAGAAACGCGAAACUGAGGCUUAUGAAGAGGCCAAGUUGAUUCGGAUGGAGAUACUAUCUGAUGUUUCUCGUAAAGUUGCUCGCUAUAUGAGAGUGAUCAGAGAGAAAUCGGAAAGGAAGCAGUUCGUGGUUAUCCCGAAAAUGAAGCCACAGCUUUACAGCAAAGGACUGGAGUCCCGCCGCAUAUUCGACAGAUAUGAAGAGUUCUGUGAAGUGAUGAAUAAACACGCUGCACAGUACAAUGAAUGGCGCGAUAUCAUGGUCAAGUUACUCUCACAGUCGCUCAUUGACCAGGAGGAUGAGUCAGAGCUCGAAGGAAAUGAGUACGAAAGGUCAACAAAACAUCAAGACGAGAUGUAUGUUUAUAUGGAAGCUCUGCGCGCCAUGUUUGCAGACCGUCACGAUGCUCUCACUGGUCAGCAGAAUGUCCUCAUCGCUCACGAGGUGAAAGGUGGCAUUAUUCAGGCUCAGCAGGGCGAGGGGCCGUCCCCGGGGCUAUUUCUUUCGGUAAUGAACACCCGCAGUGCGCUGAAACCCGCGCCUGCGCUUGGUUCUCUUCGUGGCAUCAUCAGCGAGCUUCGCAGUCUUGCGACCUCCCUUGAAUGGCAAGGAAGCGGGGGAAGCUCUCGCGCUCUUGCCGAGUUAGAACUUGUCAACUCGGUCCUCCAACAUGCUGCCAAGAUGGCUGCUGAGCAGAACAAAGUGUCAUCGAAUCUGGAGAGAGAAGUGGAGAUGUUCCGGGACACUAUGAAUAACCGCCUCGAAUACUACCGUCAGCUGCAACAAAUAUCUGAUACCGUUGCUCCUUAUGACGAGGAGAGUGUCGGUAAACCGUUGGAUGAAGAUUUAUAUGCAGCAAAGCUCAAGCAAGAGAACGAUAUAGAUGCAAAGAUAUCCACCCUAAGGUCGAAACAUCGUUAUCUUCUACAUCUGAGAGACGACUCAGGGGUUGAUAAUGCAUCGAGGAUUUGUGUUAUAUGUCAGUCCGGCUUUGAAAUUGGGGUGUUGACCGUUUGUGGUCAUAAAUACUGCAAAGAUUGUCUGCGCAUCUGGUGGAACCAACAUCGCACCUGUCCUACCUGCAAAAGAAGACUCAAGGUCAAUGAUUUUCACCAGAUCACUUACAAACCCGAAGAGUUCGUGGUGCAGGAGGAAAAAACACCCAAACUUGAAUCAGGUCGUUCAUCGAACAGCUUCAUUUACGCUGACAUCGGCUCGGGGACACUCAAAGAGAUUAAGAACAUCGAUCUUGAGGCCUCGUUUGGCACCAAGAUCGACACUUUGGCCCGUCAUAUUCUUUGGCUACGCGAGCAUGACCCUGGUGCGAAAUCGAUUAUAUUCUCUCAAUAUAAGACCUUUCUUGAGGUGUUGGGGACAGCUUUUGCCCGGUUUAAGAUUGGGUACAGUAGCAUCGACAAUGCAGAUGGUAUAGAAAGGUUCAAGAGCGACCCAGCGGUAAUGUUUCCCCAGAGCGCGCGUGUUGCUGUAUCUUUACUGAUAAUUGUCCUGCAGGUCGAGUGCUUCUUUCUACAUGCAAAAGCGCAGUCGUCCGGUCUUAACCUGGUCAACGCUACUCAUGUUUUUCUCUGCGAACCACUUGUCAACACAGCGAUUGAGCUUCAGGCCAUCGCCCGUGUGCAUCGAAUCGGUCAGCAUCGGCCUACUACCGUCUGGAUGUAUCUCGUAUCUGAUACCGUUGAGCAAUCAAUCUACGAGUUAUCAGUCUCUCGCCGCCUAGCUCAUAUUGUCCAGAAGGAGAAAGUGAAGGAGGCACUGGACGACCCGGGAGCCGUAUUCAAAAAUCUGACUGAAACAGCCAUUGAUUCGGCAAACUCCUUAGAAGUACAAGAUGCGACACUGGCAAAGCUGAUGACAAAAGGAACGGCCGGGGGAGAGCUCGUGAAGAAGGACGAUUUAUGGCAAUGCCUUUUCGGCAAUGCCACCCAGAAGAUGGAUUUGAGGGCGGACGGGGAGGUGGCGAGGUUUUUGCGAGGUGACGCAGCAGAGAAAAGAAGGACCACUGCUUCUUCAUGA